AUUCGUUAUCGCGGCGAGGUACUUCCAUUUCGAUUUCCGUCAUUCGUUAUUCAUUCCGUUUCGGACGUUUAUAGAGGAAGGUUGUGAGCUAGUCAAAUUAAAAUCAGUACUCAUUUUAAAGUGACUCUUUAAAUCUAUCAUUGUCAUUAAACCACUAUUGAAAUCAAAAUGUCUCGCUACAGAGAAUGGGACCUCUCUUGUAAGGUUUAUGUCGGCAAUCUUGGCACAAAUGCGUCUAAAUACGAAAUAGAAAAAGUAUUCUCGAAAUACGGAAACAUUAGGAAUGUGUGGGUGGCGAGGAAUCCGCCAGGAUUUGCGUUUGUAGAAUUUGAAGACCCACGUGAUGCUGAAGAUUCCGUACGAGGCUUGGAUGGCACACGAUGCUGUGGCACUCGCAUCCGUGUUGAAAUGUCUAAUGGCCGCACAAGAAGAGAUCGCCGAUACUCCAGAUCCCGCAGUCGCAGUCCACGAAGGCGUUCGUACUCCCGAGGCAGAUCGGGAUCGCCGCGCCGCUCCCCAUCGGUCCGUCGCCGCUCGCCCUCAGUACGACGCUCUCGCUCCCGUGACCGUCGCAGCCGCUCUGACAGCAAGAGCAGACAUUGAAGAUGAGACUAUGGCUUCUAAAGAAAAACUUGGACAAAUACUGUAAUAUAAGUGAUGUGAUGUGAAUAGAGCGAUUGUGUGUAUGAAUCCAGUAGGCUACUACAACUAUAUUUUUAAUCCUUUAUGGUACAAGCAGCUUCUGUCUAUUGUAGUUAUAAUUCGCUGUAAGGUUGUAUAUUUUUACUCCAAUUAGAUGGGUGUUUGUUUGAAAAAUUAUGUAAGAAAAUCAUUAUUCUCUCGAAUUGUUACUGGGUGGUUAUUGAGGUCAGUGGUUUAAUGAUCCAAGCCACGGCUGAGGCUUUUAUACCUUGGUUACCAGUCACAUCAUAUGAGAAUCCAUAAUUAGACUCUGAGGAAGAUAUUAGAAGCAUUCUGUAGCCGUUUUCAAUCAUUAGAUUGUUUACUUCACAGUGAAGAUAAUAUCUACCUUGUAAAAUGCUAAAGUUUUUUGAAGAAACACUCACGCCUUACAAAGUUGUAUAAUUUUUCUUUUGUAAGAAUCAACACAUAUAUACUAGAUACACAUAGUUACAAAAUAUUUUAAGAUUACUAAAUAAAUGUGGAAAUAAUA